AUGCUUCAGGGCAAUUCUCCGUUACUUGCGCACAGGUUGCAGAAUGCGUCCCUCCUGAUCCUGAGCCUUGUAUUUCUACCGCUCGACACUUUGAUUCUGAUUGUUUCUCUACUCGUGAGUAAGGUUCUUCCGAACGAGCCAAAGUCCAAUCGGGAAGCGACGCAACGCCGGGCUGGUUUCAGAAGGCGCACCGUCUUGGUCACUGGGGUGGGUAUGACCAAGGGACUGGUGCUGGCACGACUGUUCCAUGCGGCUGGCCACGACGUUCUCGGAGCCGACUUUGAACCGGACGGCGCAUUGGUGUGUGGGAGAGUGUCGUCGUCUCUGAAGAGGUUCUAUCGCCUGCAGAAGCCAAACCCGAAGUCGGGCGCCGCGCCGUAUAUCCAGAACCUCCUGGACAUCGUGCUUAGGGAGAAGGUCGAGCUCUGGAUCAGUUGCUCUGGGGUUGCCUCAGCGGUCGAGGAUGGGAUGGCCAAGGAGGUCGUCGAAGCAAGGACCGACUGCAGGGCGAUCCAGUUCGACGUCAAAACCACGCAGACGUUGCACGAAAAACAUUCGUUCAUGGAACACACUAAAGCGAUCGGGCUCACAGUUCCUGAAACGCACGAGAUCACAAGUCGCGCGGCCGUGCAGAGCAUCUUGCGCAACGCCCCGCCUGGCCGUAAAUACAUCAUGAAGACGAUCGGGGUCGACGACUCUGUGCGCGGAGACCUGACGCUGCUGCCCAAGAAGUCGGAUCUCGAGACGUCGGAGCAUAUUGCACGGCUCAGGAUCUCGCCGGACUCGCCUUGGAUACUGCAGGAAUUCAUUCAGGGUAAGGAAUACUGCACGCACUCAUUGGUCGUGCGAGGACAUGUCAAGGCCUUCGUGGCUUGUCCCUCCGCAGAACUGCUUAUGCACUAUCAAGCUCUCCCUAUCGAGUCGGCCCUGAGUCAGGCCAUGAUGGAGUUCACAAAGACGUAUGCUGCCAGCGGCGGCGAAGGAUUCUCGGGCCAUCUGUCCUUCGACUUCAUGGUGUGGGACGAAAAUGCGGCUGGUCCUAGAAACGUCGUGCUCUACCCCAUUGAGUGCAAUCCCCGGGCGCACACGGCGGUGGCGCUGUUCAACGGCACCGCCACAGCUAUGGUCGAUGCCUAUCUAUCCGUCCUCGAGAACUCUCACAGCCAGAGGACCGAUACUCGGAUCGUGCGCCCCAUCACGAACGACAAGUAUUACUGGACUGGCCACGAUCUCGUCACGCGGGCCAUCCUCCCGACCGUAUCCUUCCUCACGCUCUCCGGCGCGUCGAUCUGGGAUCUUUCGCAAAGCUACACGACCUUCCUCAGCCACUUGUUCACAUGGAGAGAUGGCACAUAUGUGCUCUGGGACCCGCUGCCCUGGUGGUGGCUGUACCACGUAUACUGGCCGAUGCGGUUCUGGGGCUGCAUCCGCCGGGGCAGAAAAUGGAGUCGCAUCAACGUCAGCACGGCGAAGAUGUUUGAGUGCUGA